CAAGUACAUUGCGCUAGCACUCAAUCAUAUCUGGAAAGUUUGAGAAUUCAGUAGGCUACAUUUGCCAUAUCUAAUCGACUGCGCUAAGAAAUUUCUUAUGAUUUCAAAUUAUUUCUGGGAACUCUACACAAAUAAUGGUCAGCAAGUUUCAGGCGAUAUCAUUACACAGAACCCCAAAUGGACUUUAACCUGGUUUAUUUCCAAGCACUGUACAUUCAUUUUGAGCGUUCGAUGGUGACAACACCACAGACGGGUGGGGUUUCCUUGUUCUCGGUUUGUGGCGUCACGGACUGGGGCUUUCCUCCAUGAGAAGGCAAAGGAGGCUGCGGAGAUUCUUCUGUUGCUCUCCUAAAACGGGACAGGGCGCGAUCUGCAUUUCAUAAUCUAUACAUACUCCAUUUGAUAUUUUAGGAACAGCGUGUCAGGCCCCGUAUAGGAGGUUGAGAUGACAUCGCCUAGACAACGAAUAUUUCAACACUCCCAAAGCAAGCGAUCACAGCCCAUCGCCAUUGACGAAUGAACAUUCACAGCGGAUCCCAGAAAACGGUCUCGUACCAACCCUUCAGAGAAUUUGGCAAUACGUCCAACCGUCCUCACAACCGCAGACCACGUGUAACCACGCCAGCCCAGGACCUCCACAUACGGCUUCUACACCUGCGGGAUUGUCUGAGACAAGCCACCCAGUAUUUCUACGGUUGAUUGAGAGUGUAAGAGAGACACACAGAAGGGAAGAGGAGAAGAACAAGAGAGAAUAAAGGACUAGAGAAGAAAAUCUGACUGGAGCAACCACCAAAAAGGAUUUAAGAACAUUUGAAUAACCUCCAAGACGUUGUUCUUUAAAUUCUAGAACCUAUCAUGUUUUUUUUCCUCCUCGUUUGAAUUGAGAAACAUUUACUGAGAAGGGACAUUGACGUUUCUUGUUGUAGUCAUUCUCCUCUUUGUGGUUUACAGUAACAGUUUACUGUCAGUUUGGACCCCCAUGUUUGUUUCGAUGAAAGCACACCUGUUACUUUUCUCACAUUCUUGAUUUGGAGCAACUGAGUGUGAGAGGUGUGAACGCCAGUGGGAGGAAGGGGACUUUGUUUCUUUCACUUUUGUCUUCUCGUUUAUAGUUCCAUUUUUUGUGUUCCAUUGUUUCUUGUCAGAGGAAGGGGAAAAGGGGUUUCCAACUGGGUAUCAGUGACAUUCCAUUCUGGUUUCACCCAAGGACAAGUACCCUUGUGUGUGUGUGUGUGUGUGUGUGUGUGUGAGGAAAGCUUUGUCACAGUGAUAUAAGACUAUAAUAAGAGUGGAAAAGGAAAGAAGCUUCGUGUGUCACUUUCUGGGAAAAUGGGAUCGGAAAGGGACUCGGAAUCCCCCCACUCCUCGGUGAGCGGCAUUCCCAACCCCAAAUGCCGGGCACCAGGAAAACGCCAAGGACGCAUCUCCUUCCACAGCCUUUUCCACAGCAAACGGGGUUCCCGGAGCGCCAAUGUAGGGGCGGCCACACCUUUAUCCCAGCUCCACAACCAAAACCAUCAACAACAGCAACUCACCCCCCUUGUCCCCCCCGUAGUCCCUUCUACCCCCACACCUAACACAGCCACCACCACCACCACCACGGACGCCCCCCAGGACCCAGCCACCUCCCCCACCUCCACCCCAACAGAGCCCCUCUCUUCCAGUCGGCUCUCCCUGGGUCCGCCCCAGUCCUCCAGCUCCACGACCACCAGCACCUCUCAUCCAGCGGACUUCCUGGAGUGCCCCCUGUGCCUGGUGCCCCAGCCCCCCGAACAGCUCCCUGAGCUGCUGGGCUGCAGCCACCGCUCCUGCCUGUGCUGCCUCCGCCAGUACCUGCGCAUCGAGAUCACUGAGAGCCGCGUCCACCUCAGCUGCCCCGAGUGCUCGGAGCGCCUGGCGCCUCAUCAGGUGGCGGACAUUUUGGACGACGUAGGUCUGCUGGAGAAGUAUGAGGAGUUCCUACUGCGACGCUGCCUGGCCUCCGACCCAGACUGCCGCUGGUGUCCCGCGCCCGACUGCGGGUUCGCCGUGAUCGCUUCGGGCUGUGCCAGCUGCCCCCGGCUGGUGUGUUGUAGAGAGGGCUGCUUGGCUGAGUUCUGUUACCACUGCAAGCAGGCGUGGCACCCCAACCAGACCUGUGACUCGGCCCGCCAGCAGAGGGCACUCUCCUUGCACAUGCACAGCAACCACUCACCCAGCUACACGCAGGAGCACGGGCACGCCGACGACAUCAAGCCCUGCCCACGAUGUGGCGCCUACAUAAUCAAGAUGAACGACGGCAGCUGUAACCACAUGACCUGUGCCGUGUGCGGCUGUGAGUUCUGCUGGCUCUGCAUGAAGGAGAUCUCCGACCUGCACUACCUCAGUCCAUCGGGGUGUACUUUCUGGGGAAAGAAGCCGUGGACUCGUAAGAAGAAGAUCCUGUGGCAGCUGGGCACUCUGAUCGGAGCCCCGGUGGGCAUCACCCUCAUCGCUGGUAUCGCUGUGCCUGCCAUGGUUAUUGGCAUCCCCGUCUAUGUGGGGCGCAAGAUUCACGCCCAUUAUGCGGGGAAGAAGACCAAUUGCCACAGGAGGAACCUGGCCAUCACGGGAGGAGUGGCCCUGUCAAUCAUCACAGCUCCUGUGAUCGCGGCCGUCAGUGUGGGUAUUGGCGUGCCCAUCAUGUUGGCGUACGUCUAUGGAGUCGUGCCCAUCUCUCUGUGCCGCGGAGGAGGCUGUGGCGUCAGCCGAGGAAAGGGGCGUGGCAUGCGGAUAGACUUUGACGAGGACGACGGCCCAAUCACAGUGGCUGAUGCGUGGCGGGCCCUCAAGUCUCCCAGCCUGGCUGAGAGCAGCCUGGAGAGGGCAGCCAGCGGCCUUAGCACCACCUCCCCCAGUGAGGGCCUCUCUGUGGCCCCCGGAGUCCUGGGAGACAACCCCCACUUCAACACUCUGGCCGGGGGCGCCCUUGGAGCCAGGACUGACAAAUACAACAGGUUGGAGCUCCCGGGAGGGGAGUUGGGGAAGGACAGUGCCCAGAGAGAGACAGGUAGUCUGGGAGCGGGUAGUGACUGUGCCAGCACCCGGGGCAUGGCCGGCUCCAUUAUCUCCUCCUACACACUCCCUGACAGGGACUGUAUUAACCUGGAAAUCCAGGUGGACAUCGAGACCAAACCCAGCCACCUCUGCCUGACCAGCGAGGAAGACCUAAACACGCCCCCUGCUGCUAUGGCAGCAUGCCCCGGCUCAGGCGGGGAGGAGCCUCAGGACUGCAGCUCCAGAAGGGGCGGGGGUCUGUUUGGCUCAGCACUAGGUCUGUCGCCAGGGGCAUCGCUCAGGGAGGGGCUUCGCGAUGUCACUCUGGCCCAGCCCGAGAGCAUCCGUAGCGACCUGGAGAUGUCCGACACCCAAUCGGACGACAUCGACGAGCUAACUUCAGACGACUGUGACUCGCCUCAUCCCAAGAGCUGCCGGCCCCCUCAACCCCAGGCCACCUGCAGACCCCUUCACACCUCCGACAGACUGCACUGUCCCCCGGAUAAUGUCAUCCUCUAUGUUUAAGAGUCCAACUGAUGGAGAGCUCUCAGAGAUUCCACAACCCCCACCCAAAAUGUUAUUUUUUUUCGCUUUCGGGUAAUUAUUUUGCUGCUUUUUUGUUAACAAAAUGUCUUACCUGCAAACAACACCCGUCUACAUGUGUCUGUCUGUCCCUCUCUCAACAUCUCGAUCUCCUUGCAGAGAAUUGGCAGGGUUCUACCUCUGAGAUUUCUCUGUUUACUUCUUGGUGCAAAAAUGCCUUGGCUACUUGAGAAAAGAAAGAAAAGCUAAACAAGAGGUACACAUUUUCCACAAGAAAUACUGCAAAAAAAGGUAAAAGGUCACCAGGCACACUAACAAGUGAAGGAUUGUGGGGGAUGGGGUUUGUACUAUGGAAGAGGAUGUUUUUAGGGAUGUUUGAGUGUGGCAUUUGUACUGGACUUUGUUGGCUUGAUUUCCUCCUUUUUUUUGUUAGAACUGAAUGAUAUUGAAUGAUUUAGAAGUACUUUUAUUUGCUGUGUGCAUGAGUCUCCGUGAACAAGAGUUUUCUAUGGCUGUGUAGGCCUUUAAGUAUAGUAUGAGUUUACAGUAGUUUGUUCAGAGACAUGACUUUUAGAGGCGAUCUGCACUUGAAUUUCACCUGCACAGAGAAGAACAAUGUAGGGGUUAUACAAGAGUCAAUGUCGUGGAAGAUAGACAAGUACUUAAUGACUGACUGCCCGCCUUACAGACAGUGAUGACGCUCACUGACGAACACACUGGCUUUCUGACAUGCUAGCUGCCUGACCCACUCUAGUUAUGCGUGUGCGUUCUACACGAAGACUAUAAAGACAAAGACCUAAUAUACAUUUUCAGUAGAAAACAAUAGUAGAAGGAAUGGAUGAACUUCUUGUGAUUGUAUGUGUUUGUCCCACUAUCGAGUGAAUGUAUGAAUGAGCACUUGUGCACUUUAUCUAAAUAUUCAUUUUUUGUUGUUGUUGCUAUUUGUUGUCAUCAGUUACUGUCUUGAGUUUUCUUCCAUACCUACUUGUAAAAUCAUAGCCAAAUGUUGAUUAUCAGAAACUUUUUUAUUUCUUCUAGAAUAAUAACCCAUUUUUAUUUCUUCUAGAAUAAUUUACUAGAGCUUGUUUUUGCUGUUUCACCGACCACGUGUUUCAGUUGUUUUAAGAUAUCCCCAUUUACUGUAGACAUCAUGAAAUCUCUAUAUGGGAACAUUGUUUCAUUUCAAAUCAGCUUUAUGUGGUCAGAUCAUACUAUUGAGCAGUGCUUGGUAUGGUCGGUUGAUGUCAUUCAGUUGUCGCUUAUUUCUGCCCAUGAGAAACCACAUGAAUGUACCACGGAUUGAAACAGAAACGUCCUAAAUAUGACAGGAGGAUUUACCCUUAAGGACACAUAUACAGUACAUGUGGGUAAAAUAUAAAUAUAAAUAUAUGAGUAGCAAUAUGAAAGUGUUGUAUAUAAAUGUGUAGUAUCUCCUGGCACUGUUUUGGAAGCCCCUUUAUGGGGCCAAACACACAGGACUGUGAGAGAGGUUGUGGACUUUGAUUUGGAAAAUAAACACAUUUUUCUGUUGCAACAAUA